UCCUCAAAAUAUUACUUUUUUAUUUUCCUAUUUGAAAUUCAUGCUGACGUUACCUUUCUAUUGCUUGGUUUGUGUCAUAUAUAUAUUUAGAACUUGAUCACAAUGUUGGACGACCUGUUGAUCGUUAUAGUUUGUUCACGAUUCGAGGCGAAUUUAUGAGAGCAGCCAAGAUUUUAAGUAGGAGUAGUGAUGGGGCCAUAACACGUCUUUGCUAUGAGAAAGAAGUGCCCGCGCAUCAAGAAAGGAACCGUAACAGCAGUAUCGAUCAUGGAGGUGAUCAGAACCGGGACAGAAUACAAAAGGAUAAACCUGAUGGUACAUCCUUGAAUUCUAACGCUGGUAGUGCUACUGGGUCUGGCAUACAUGCCAAUGGCAGGAGAGGCAGCAGCGGUAGCAAUGACGAUGGUAAUAGUAUUAGUGAUGGCAGGGGUCGUACAAUAGCCUUUCCUACGGGAGAAGGUUCUCUUCAUAAUAUUGAGCAGCCAAAGCCGCGGGAUAAAGCCCAGGGGCGAUUUUUUGGUGCCAAUGGCCAUGGCGGUGAAAGACAGAGAAUUGGUCGAAAGGACCAUCAUAAACGCUCAACUAUUACAGGUGACCCAAGGGCGAUCCCGAGAGCAUAGCAUAAAACAUUGUGUAAAAAUAUAGAUAAGAAAAAAAAAUGUACAUAAAGAAAACUUCCUCCCUCAAAA